UGUGAUGUCUCUGUCUUCAUCCCAGACCCCAGUGGACAAUCUGUGUGUGACCAGUGUAAGCCAGAGUACCAGGGGCCCCACUGUGACCAGUGCAGGGGUGGCUUCUAUAACGCGGACAGCAUCUGCCUGCCUUGCAACUGCAGCGGGAACGCCGACCCCGGGACCUCGCCCCGCAUCUGCAACCCUGAGACGGGCCACUGCCUGAGCUGUGUCAACAACACGUCGGGGAAACACUGCGAGCGCUGCGCUGAAGGCUACGUGGGUAGUGCCAUCAUCCACAGCUGCAAAGGUCAGAAUCAUUUAAGAAUAAUCAUCAUCAUUGUUCUACCGAGUAUCUUUUCAUAUGGAUGACGAGCGCUUCAAAGCAAUUAACUCUGGCAGUGUUAAAUUUAACUCUCUUACUGUCUGUGUUAAAUUAACAUUUUGACAAUGUAACUCUAAGGCAGUGUUAUUUUUUCAACACUCUUAAAAGUGGUAAUAUAACACUAGAUUAUAACAAUGGAUUCACACUGAGUUAAAUGUACAUUAGCAACGUUUCUGUGAAUGUGAGAUAUUCCCCUGUAAUCACCAUUGAAUAAGUAUAUACACUGCUCAACAAAAUAAAGGGAACACUUAAACAACACAAUGUAACUCCAAGUCAAUCACACUUCUGUGAAAUCAAACUGUCCACUUAGGAAGCAACACUGAUUGACAAUAAAUUGCACAUGUUGUUGUGCAAAUGGAAUAGACAACAGUUGGAAAUUAUAGGCAAUUAGCAAGACACCCCCAAUAAAGAAGUGGUUCUGCAGGUGGUGACCACAGACCACUUCUCAGUUCCUAUGCUUCCUGGCUGAUGUUUUUGUCACUUUUGAAUGCUGGCGGUGCUUUCACUCUAGUGGUAGCAUGAGACGGAGUCUACAACCACACAAGUGGCUCAGGUAGUGCAGCUCAUCCAGGAUGGCACAUCAAUGCGAGCUGUGGCAAGAAGGUUUGCUGUGUCUGUCAGCGUAGUGUCCAGAGCAUGGAGGCGCUACCAGGAGACAGGCCAGUACAUCAGGAGACGUGGAGGAGGCCGUAGGAGGGCAACAACCCAGCAGCAGGACCGCUACCUCCGCCUUUGUGCAAGGAGGAGCAGGAGGAGCACUGCCAGAGCCCUGCAAAAAGACCUCCAGCAGGCCACAAAUGUGCAUGUGUCUGCUCAAACGGUCAGAAACAGACUCCAUGAGGGUGGUAUGAGGGCCCGAUGUCCACAGGUGGGGGUUGUGCUUACAGCCCAACACCGUGCAGGUUUGGCAUUUGCCAGAGAACACCAAGAUUGGCGAAUUCGCCACUGGCGCCCUGUGCUCUUCACAGAUGAAAGCAGGUUCACACUGAGCACAUGUGACAGUCUGGAGACGCCGUGGAGAACGUUCUGCUGCCUGCAACAUCCUCCAGCAUGACCGGUUUGGCGGUGGGUCAGUCAUGAUGUGGGGUGGCAUUUCUUUGGGGGGCCGCACAGCCCUCCAUGUGCUCGCCAGAGGUAGCCUGGCUGCCAUUAGGUACUGAGAUGAGAUCCUCAGACCCCUUGUGAGACCAUAUGCUGGUGCGGUUGGCCCUGGGGUCCUCCUAAUGCAAGACAAUGCUAGACCUCAUGUGGCUGGAGUGUGUCAGCAGUUCCUGCAAGAGGAAGGCAUUGAUGCUAUGGACUGGCCCGCCCGUUCCCCAGACCUGAAUCCAAUUGAGCACAUCUGGGACAUCAUGUCUCGCUCCAUCGACCAACGCCACGUUGCACCACAGACUGUCCAGGAGUUGGCGGAUACUUUAGUCCAGGUCUGGGAGGCGAUCCCUCAGGAGACCAUCCGCCACCUCAUCAGGAGCAUGCCCAGGCGUUGUAGGGAGGUCAUACAGGCACGUGGAGGCCACACACACUACUGAGCCUCAUUUUGACUUGUUUUAAGGACUUUACAUCAAUGUUGGAUCAGCCUGUAGUGUGGUUUUCCACUUUAAUUUUGAGGGUGACUCCAAAUCCAGACCUCCAUGGGUUGAUACAUUUGAUUUCCAUUGAUAAUUUUUGUGUGAUUUUGUUGUCAGCACAUUCAACUAUGUAAAGAAAAAAGUAUUUAAUAAGAUUAUUUCAUUCAUUCAGAUCUAGGAUGUGUUGUUUAAGUGUUCCCUUUAUUUUUUUGAGCAGUGUAUAAAGAUAUAUAAUAAAAUAAACAAACCAAGCUGAGGAUGCAUAAUAGUAAAACAAUUAGCAGUGACCUUUAUCACGAGACAAGACAGUGAAGCGUUCCUUGUGCUAACAUACACACUUGCCUCUCUUCCCCAGCCAUAGUCACUCCCACCCCUGAGCAGAACAGGACAACGACUGCCCCCACCACCACCACUCUGACCCUGCGCUCCACCACCACUACCCCCUCUAGUGACCACACCAUGACUUCCACCUCCAACGCCACCACCACUCAGCUGACCACCACAGCCUCCAGCACCACACCAGGUCUCCUCACCAACACCACGGCCGCCAUCUCCGAGGUGUCCUGGACCCAGUUCAAUGUCAUCGUCUUGGCGGUGAUCAUCGUGGCGGUGGUGGUGCUGAUGGGCGUGGCGGGCGGUGUCUACACCUACCGCGAGUACCGCAAUCGCAAGCUGAACGCUCCGUUUUGGACCAUCGAGCUGAAGGAGGAUAACAUCAGCAUCAGCAGCUACCAUGACAGCCUGCCCAACAUGGGAGACGUGUCGGGCUUGCUGGAGGAAGAGGCCGGCAUG